AUGUUUAACACCAAGAUAUUUGAAAAUAACAGUAGUUCCUCAUCUACACUGGCCGCUACGGCAGCUAUGAACCUACCUUUACAACCAACAAUACAAGACCAACACCCGCUUUCCCUGAAUUCGGUAUCAAACUCAACUACAAACUCAAACUCACUUUCAAACUCAAAUUCAAACUCAAACUCAAACUCCUCACAAUCAACUUCCUCAUCAAGCCAACACUUUCAUUCCAGUAGCGAUAGCAUGAGUAUAGACCAGCCGCAACCAAUAGAUAUCACAUUCAACCAUCGCCCAUCUAUUUUCAACAACUCGCGAUUCAGAAGAGAAUCAGUUGCUCAUUCUCAAGGUAUGGGUGGUAUUUCGUGGGGUUCAGUUACUAUUGGAUCCUGGUUAAAAGACGAAGUCAUGUCAGCCAAUAUAGGUGUAGCAACAGGUGUCGGUGGCAGUGGCGGCAUCACAACAAACUUUUUGAGCCCUCACCUAAACCCACAACUGCAUAGCAAUAGUCACCAACAGCUGCACAACCAUUCAGUCCAUAAUAGUAGUAAUUUGCAUCUGCAUCUGCUGCUGCUGCUGCAACAGGUGCUGCAUGGUAAUCAAAACUUGAUCAAUCCAAGACGAGGCUCCUUUAGAACCGCUUUACACCCAAGUUUGUCGCCUCAACAACAAACAUCGUAUUUGCCUGAUUUGGAAGCAGAUUACUGUAAAGAUUACAAUUGUUGUGGCGAAUUGCUUCCAACAUUGCAUGAUUUAUUGAGACAUUAUGAGGAGGCUCAUAUCCUGGCGUCACCUCCACUUGACUCCAAUCAACACUUGUUGAAUAACAAUAGGAAUCGAAAUAAUUACAAUAACAUACAUAACGUCAUGGAAACUGUAUCCACAACCGAUGUGUUUUUGAAUAAUCACCAUACUGAUCGAAAGAACUAUGAUGGCGGAAACUACCACUUUAACAACCACCAACAAGCUCAGCAUUCACAACACCCAAACCAAAAUCAAAACCAUCACAAUCCUCUGCAGCUGCAGCUGCUGCAGCAAUUGCAAAAUCAACAUCAGCAUCAGCAUCAGCAUCAACACCCUCAACUGGCAAAUGCAAACCAGCAACUGCUCCUGCUGGUGCUGCUGAUGCUGCAACAUGCUCGCGGAGGUGCCAACUCGCAGUUUUUAAACAAUCAAUUUGGAACACACCAGUCACCUCUUUCAUCCAAUGACGACACACCAAUGCAAAACGACGAUGAUGAUAUCUACAUAGAUGAUCCAGCGCGCCACUUGUACGUGAUGGAAAAUGAAGAAAAUAAACCUUUCAAGUGUCCCGUUAUUGGAUGUGAUAAGACUUACAAGAACCAAAAUGGUUUGAAAUAUCAUAGGUCGCAUGGACAUCAAGGUCAAUCUUUGAGAGAAAACCCAGAUGGUACCAUCAGCAUAAUUGAUCCUGAUUCAAAUCUGCCAUACUUGGAUAACUCAGCAUUAGAGAAGGAUAAACCUUAUAGAUGUGAAGUAUGUGGAAAGAGAUACAAGAAUCUCAAUGGGUUGAAGUAUCACCGUGGUCACACUACCCAUUAA